AUCCUCGGUUAUUCUUCUGUGUACUCCCAUCGAUCUUAUAGUUGUGCAAGAUGAUUUCUCGAGUUUUGCUUUGUAUUCUGUUUGCAGUUGCCAUUGCAUCUGUGGAUUGUAACUUGGAAGGUGAUAUUCUGUAUUCCUGGAAGACCUUAUUGGUGGAUCCUUACAAUGUCCUUGCUAGCUGGAACCUGACAUCCCACAAUCCAUGCCCCUGGUUUCAUGUUACCUGCAACAAUCAAAACAUCGUUACAAGGGUGGACCUUGGCAAUGCUGGACUAUCAGGACCUAUUAUCCCUGCGCUUGCAAACUUAACCAACCUCCAAUACUUGGAGUUAUACCAGAACAAAUUUUAUGGAUCUAUUCCAUCGGAACUUGGUCACUUAAAAGAACUAGUCAGCUUGGACUUGUACCGGAACCAACUCUCGGGACCAAUUCCAGAGACCUUAGGUCACUUGAAUUCAUUAAGAUAUUUGAGGGUCUUUCACAAUAAUCUAACUGGGGCUAUUCCUUCAUCUCUUGGCAAUUUGACUAGUUUACAAAUUCUGAAAUUAAACAAGAACAGUCUAACCGGUGCUUUACCAUUAGAGGUCAUUGAACUUGUUCGUUUUGGCAACUUGACCGUAUUGGAUGUCUCAAACAAUCUGUUGGCAGGGACCGUACACAGCACCAACUCAACAGGUUUUGCAGUUACAAAAAUCAUACAAGAUCCAAAAGCUCAGAACUAAGCCAGAAGAACUAGAAGAUGAUAUUGUAUACCAGUUCUAUGAAACAAAACUGGGACUUCUAAAUCCCGGGAAACUUGAAUUCAUUUUUCUACAUAUCAAUAAGCGUAUAUACAUAAAGACAGUGUAUGAUAUACCAUACAUGUACACACAGACAUACUUUCGACAAUAUCAGA